UGGAGAUGGGCAGCUUGAGCAGAGAAUUUUUGAUUUUCUAGAGUCACAGCAUAAUAACGAGGCGGAACUGUCACAAAUUUUGAGAGCAGUGAAAGUUGAUAAGCGAACAUUAAAUGCCAAUCUUUAUAGACUAAGGCGAUCAGGAAACCUAAUAAAAACGAACGAAAAACCACCUUCUUGGCAGACAAAUUUGAGGAACAGAAGAAUGCCGAGAAAGCAUUUUAAUUCCAAACCAUAUCACUACCAGCAGAAGAACAUUGCUCGUUAUAGUGGAUUUAAAAAACAGAAAACAAAAGUCAAUCCAGAGCUUAUUCCACAGGUUGUAAAAUUUCUCAAAUCACUAGACUGUCCUGCACAGACCAUUGCCAUAACAAAAUAUCUCCAGUUUAGGACAUCAUCAGAAAUCAAUCCAACAUUGUAUGCUAUGCAAAAGAAAGGUUACAUCAAGAAAGUCUGUGAAAAACCUGUGAGUUGGACGAUUGGACAUUCAGCUCCAGCACUAAUGGACACAGGAGAAUCAGAAUGGAGUGAUGUGAAAGAAGAAACCUUCCAUUGGGAUUUAACUAAUACGACAGAAGAGCAUUUAAAGCUUUUACGAUUAGAAAGUUUUCAGUCAUCUAGUAGUAGUGAACAACCAUCAAGUUUACAAAGUAAUUUUUCAGAUCAACCAUUUUUGAAAUUUGAACCUGUUGAAAACGCCAAUUUAGUUAGUGAUUUUUCUCAACAGCAGAUUUCAGAUUUUGAAAGAACUGAUAUGCAGACUACAGAUGCUGUAAAUAAUGAAUUAGAUAUUGUGUGUAGGGGAAAUGAGCGCAUUAAAACUGAAAUGAACUUGUCUGAUGAAGAUCUUGUAUUGGAGGCAUUAUCAAAAUGCCCAACUCAAAUGGGGAGAACAUUUGUGAUUAAAAAAUCCCUAGAACUGACAGAGGAACAAGUUCAGUCUUUAUUGGAAAAGUGUGCAAGAAAAAACUUAGUUAAAUUUGAUGGGAAUAUUUGGGUAAUGACUCCUAAUGGAGUUAAAUAUAUUAAAGAUAAACUUGGUAUCAAUAUUGAUGCAAAUAUGCACACAAAUGUACCGAAUAAUAGGCAGAAGCAAAAAGUGAUAACGUCUGGCCCGCCUCCAUCACCCAGGCAACUACUACAAAAUCCUAUGUUGACAACUUGUACAAGUCAGAGUAAUUUGGAUCAUAACACUUCCGGUGCAAACAAUUCACAGUCAUCUUUACCUCUGGCUCCAAGAUUUGGGCAGAUACAGCAAAUAAGGGGAAGUAACCCAGUUCCACUCAUGCAAGUAAAUACUAGUAAUUCACCAAUGAUGAGAACACUGAAUAUGUCAGUUAGACUGCAGAAUCCUCCAUCAUCAAGACUUGUUCAACAGCAAAUUUCACCUUCGACAGUCAGACCAAGUUUAUUAACACUUAUGAAAAGUAGUAAUAUAAAUAAUUCAUUAAAUAAAACACAAACAGAAGUCUUCCAGUCUAAGUUAAACUCCAUGCCAAAUUCAGUAGAAAGUAUGGAGCAAAGGUCUCAGUUUUCUAGUAUGAAACCUUCUGGUCGAAUACCAGUUGCAGAGAGAUUGGCACAGCAAACAUUACCAACAACAAGUUUUAAGCCACCACAAUUUCCAAUGGCAUUGGUUCAACAAGAGAGAAAUGAGAGUGGUAUGGAGGAACCUAAUUUAGUAGAAGCUGCUGCAAAGGGAAUCCAAGCUUUGAUGAACAGGAGUGGACAGAACAACCAAACAAGUACAUCUUAUAAGGCAAAUGAUUCAUCUCCAAAAAUUAUUUUGCCAGCACCAGAGAAAAGGUUAAUAUCACAGCAGCCUCUUGAGUCAGUUCAAGUCAACAUUACAGGAAAUACCCAAUCUCAGCAACCCAUGUCCAAUCAGGGACGACCUCUACCAUUUCAGUCAUUACCUGUAAUGGGAAGACCCCAGGUGGCAGCACCUCCUGGUCCACCUAGCCUAGAUCUGACCGCAGAAAGUUUUGCCGCUUUGAAUAAAAAUCCUGUGAGUGCCUUGAUGGAAUAUGCUCAAUCUAGGCACAGUGUUGCAAGAAUAGAAGUUAUGUGUCAAAAGGGUCCUUCUCAUAAACCUAGAUUUUUGAUGGCUGCUUAUGUUGGUGAUAAAAUGUUAGCUACAGUUGAAUGUAUGAAUAAAAAAGAUGGAAGGAAGGAGGUUGCUGAUAAAGCUAUGAGAAUACUGAUUGCUUCUGGGGAGUACAAUGUUAAUACUGCUUCAUCAACGGUGUCCAAGAUUGAUCCUGCUAGUAUGACUCACUUUGACAAAAUUGCUGCCUUGACUCAUCAGAAAUUUAAUGCUUUGGUAGCUUCUAUAUCAGAAAAUUUGGCAGGUAGAAAAGUUGUAGCUGGGCUGGUGAUGAAGAUGUCUGAAGCUGAUAUGGGAACUGUGAUAGCUAUUGGUUCAGGAAAUCGCUGUAUCACUGGAAAAGAGCUAAGUUUAGAAGGCAAUACUGUAAAUGAUUCACAUGCUGAAAUCAUCACAAGAAGAGGAUUUAUCAGGUUCUUGUACAGAAGAUUGCUGUCAUUUCAGCCUGGUGUUAAUGAUGAGAUAUUGGAACCUUCAUCAUCAGGAAAGUUAAAGAUUAAAGAUGGGAUAACUUUCCACUUGUAUAUAUCUACAGCACCAUGUGGAGAUGGAGCUUUAUUCUCACCGAGGGAUUCUGAAUCUAACAAUGCUCCUUUACAGUCCCUUAAUGAUAAAACUCAUCAGCCAACAUUUGCCAACCAGGUCCAGGGUGUACUUAGGACUAAAAUGGAAGGAGGGGAAGGCACAAUACCAGUUGAUGAAGAUUUUGUGGCACAGACCUUUGAUGGGAUUCUGCGUGGAGAGCGAUUAAGAACUAUGUCAUGCUCAGACAAACUGUGUCGCUGGAAUGUUUUAGGAAUGCAAGGGGCAUUACUCAGUCAUUUCAUAGAUCCAAUAUAUCUUAGCUCUUUAACAUUAGGAUUCCUAUAUGAUCAUGGCCACUUAUCAAGAGCAAUGUGUUGUCGAGUAGACAGAGAUGAACCAAAAGUAGAAACCAUGUUACCAAGUGGUUAUAGGCUGAACCAUCCUUGGUUAGGACGAAUCACAGCAUGUGAGCCAUCUAGGGAGACACAGAAAACAAAAGCUCUAAGCGUAAACUGGAAUUUCUAUGAUGACAGACCAGAAGUGACAGAUGGCACUGAGGGAAGAUGUUAUACUGGAAUAGAGAAAGGAAGUAUGUUCUCAAGAUGUACAAAGAGGAAUUUCUAUGAUGCUUUCAAACAUGUUUGUCAGAAGUUUGGGCGUCAGGAUCUUUUACAAGCUGAUAACUAUUACAAAGCCAAACAAAUGGCUAUAGACUUUCAGCAGGCUAAACAGGUGAUGCUGAAGAAAUUCAAGGAUCAGAAGAUGCGAGUGUGGGUCUCUAAGCCAACUGAAGAGGAAAUGUUCAAUUAGCUUAGUAGGCUCAUGAAUUUGCUCGUUCUUCAAAUACAAUGUCUGUUGACACUAAAAAUACAAUGUCUGUUGACACUAAAAACAAGAGUUUUUUUCAGUGCUGUAGUUUUUAUUAUUGUCUUUAGAGACUACUAUAACCUGGGUAUCACUUAGAAUAAAAGUUUCUAAGCAGAAGCAGAAUAUGUCAAAAGGUUUCUGGUAAGCACAGCGCGUUAAUGUCUUUAUAUAUCUGCCUUUUGGGAGGAAAUAUUUUUGAAGGGGAUGGUGACAGGUUAUUUUUUUGCAAAUAGUUUGUAUAGAGUCCUCAUGGUGAUAGGCCUUUUUGGUUAUGCUUAAUGCUAGUAUAUAAAAUGAACUAAUGAAGCAAAAAAGAUCCUAUUUCCUGCUCCUCAAAAUCACAUUUUUAUUUCUCAUUUUUCUGUACACUUAGCAUCCUUUACAAUACUCAUUUAACUGAAGUUGAACUUUCCUUAUUUGAAGAUCUGGUUGUGAAUGGAAAUUUUUUUAUAAUACUUGGGUCUUCUCCCAUUAAUUUUUACAAAAGGAAAAGUUUGUCUGUUAACCCAUUCGCUUCCUUAGAAUUAUGUCAAUUGACUAGCUGAACUAGGUCAUGACCUCAGAUCAAGACAGACAGGGCAUUUUUAUUUCAUGACUGGUUACCUUCUCUUAACUUACAUACUUCACAUUGCUGACAGGACAUUGGUGCCUGCUGACCAGAUAUAAGGAAACUAAGUCCUGCAGGUUUAGUUUGUCCAUGACCUGCUUCUACUUAGAAACUUAUUACUCAUGUUAUUUUUGACUAAGAAAGAUCUGCUUUUACUUCUGAUUAAAAAAAAACAUUUGUUAUAAAACUGAAACUACAUGCAUUAACAAUUUCUAUUGAUUGUACAAAGUUAGGUAUACACCUGAUAAGAAACUCUAAAUGACGUUGAUCAUUUACAAUUCUUCAGUUAUACACUCAAAAAGGUCAGUCACGUUUGUAUUUGAAAUGAGAAUUCACAUUAUAUUGUAUUGCAAGAAUAAAAUUUUUUUUUUUCUAAACAGGGACAUUAAAUUCAUACAGAUAUACUUGUGUUUGAAUAGGCAGAAAAUUAUUAUGUAGUUUCAUGUCAGAUCUUUCUCUGUUAAACAUAACAAGAUUAGAGUAAAUUAAAAAAUUAAUGUGAUGUUUUUAUUUUAGCAUAAAUCUAAGAUUAUUUGUCAUAUAAGAUUUAUGGUUGCAAUCUUAUAAAUUCAAAUUUGCAAUUAAAUGUUAAACAUGACACUUUUUAUCACGUUUAAAUAUUUACAGACUUUGAAUUAACAUUUAAUAGAAGAAUACUCACAUUUAUUUUAAAGUUUACUAAAGGUUUGGUGCACUAAAUCCUUAAGAAUAUUGAACUGAUGAGUAUAUAAUGUUGCUGAUAAUAUCAUGCAAUAUCAUAUACCAGUCAAUGUUCCCAGAAUUAGUGCCAAAUCUUACCUCACCUGGACAUAAUUUGUACAUGUGUUGUGAUCAUCGCUUUUCAUUCAUUCAAUGUUAGUAGAAAGUGUCUAUUUUGUAUGGAUCAUUCUCAAAUGCAUUUUCUUAUGUUUGUUAAAAUUGUCUAAGCUGAAAUUUAUUUUGAUUACAGGAGAAACGUGUGUUCAGUCUGAAAUAAUAUUCAAUUUUGAGAUAUCACAUAUAGGUGUUAGACCACCAAUUCAAAACCUCUAUAUAAUCAACCAGAUUUUUCAAUUUUAACAGCUUUCUAAAUAUUUGACCUUAAGUUUAACUUCAUAGAAGCCAGCUAUAUUCUGAAUUGUACAUGUAUCACCUUUCUAUAUGCCAAUUUUCAACCAAUGUUUAGAGUCUUCCAGUGAAACAUCACGGUUCGGAAAUCAACUGCUACUAAAAAUAACUGCUGGUUUUCUGGAAAUCCUAAAUAAGUAUACUAUGGAGAGCAUUAAUCCUCAGUUUUUAAUUCAAAAUCAGGGACAAGUAAAUUUUGGCUCAAAAUGGUGUACAUAUAUUUCUCUUUCACCAUAAGUUUCAUUUCUGCAAAUUUGUUUGUUAGUUUAAGUAAACAAUGACAUCAAAAGCACUAUUUUUUUUCUGGGAAGGGCUACUUUCACAUAUGUUCUAUAUUGAAGGAGGUGAAUUCGUGGUUUGACACCUAUAACGAAGAAAAGGGUUGACAACUUAGAAACUAAAAUUGUAGAAUUCUGGAUGCAAAUAUUGAUAGAUUUUCUUCUACUUCAUCAAUUUACUUCCAUUAUUUACUCUUUCAUCUACUCUAGGUGAGCAGUUUGGGAUGUUUUUGUUGGUACAUUUAGAUCAUUAUCUAUUUUGUAUUUUGUAAAUACACUUUUGUCUAAGUUUUAAUUGUAUUCUGCUUGUAUUUUACAUACAAAAAUCUUGCAGAUAUUUAUUUUUUUUGUUAGAUAUUUCCACACAUUCCAUGAAGGGAUUGCUUUUGGUUGUAAUUUUACUCCAAUUUGUAUAUCAUUGUAUUUUAUUCUUGAAGAUGAAUGAAGUAUUUGCUUCUGGAUGUUCAGCAAGCAACAAUUGGUCAGCUUAUGAUUAAAAUUGGGUCAUUUCAGUAGACAUAUGUUGCAAAAUUAUAAAAGUUUUACAUGGAUAAAUAUGUAGCUGGGGAGUAAAUAUUUGCACUACCAUGAUUGUUUUGAAAAAAAGUGGAUAACAAGCAUAUUUUUAGCUCACCUGACCUGAAGGGUCAAGUGAGCUUUUCUCAUCACCUGUCGUCCGUUGUCCGUCGUCGUCGUCGUUAGCUUUUUACAAAAAUCUUCUCCUCUGAAACCACUGGGCCAAAUUUAACCAAACUUUGCCACAAUCAUCAUCAGGGUAUCUAGUUUUAAAAAUUUGUCCGAUGACCCCGCCAACCAACCAAGAUGGCCGCCAUGGCUAAAAAUAGAACAUAGGGAUAAAAUGUAGAUUUUGGCUUAUAUCUCUGAAACCAAAGCAUUUAGAAUAAAUCUGACAUGGGUAAAACUGAUUAUCAGGUCAAGAUCUAUCUGCCCUGAAAUUUUCAGACAAAUCUGACAACCUGUUGUUGGGUUGCUGCCCCUGAAUUGGUAAUUUUAAGGAAAUUUUGCAGUUUUUGAUUAUUAUCUUGAAUAUUAUUAUAGAUAGAGAUAAACUGUAAACAGCAAUAAUGUUCAGUAAAGUAAGAUCUACAAAUAAGUUGUCAUGACCAAAAUUGUCAGUCGACCCCUUUAGGAGUUAUUGCCCUUAAUAGUCAAUUUUUAACAAUUUUUCGUAAAAUUUUGUAAUCUUUUACAAAAAUCUUCUUCCUUGAAACUACUAAUACAAAUUUAACCAUACUUGGCCAUAAUCAUCAUUAGGGUAUCUAGUUUAAAAAAUUUGUCCGAUGACCCCGCCUUCCAACCAUCAUGGCCAACUUAGUUAAAAAUAGAACAUAGGGGUAAAAUGCAGUUUUUGGUUUAUAUCUCUGAAACUAAAGCAUUUAGAGCAAAUCUGACAGGUGGCAAAAAUGUUCAUCAGAUUUAGAUUUAUCUGCCCUGAAAUUUUCAGACAAAUCCGAUGACCCGUUGUUGGGUUGCUGCCCCUGAGUUAGUAAUUUUACAAAAAUUUUGCAGUUUUUUGUUAUUAUCUUAGAUAUCAUUAUAAUAUCUAAUAUCUAAUACUAUUAAUUAUGAUUUUAACCUUAUUUUACAUGAUUUCCAAAGCAUCAGUAAAUACAGGUGAGCGACACAGGCUCUUGAGAGCCUCUAGUUUUACUAGAAAAAACAUUUUUAUUGUUGUAUUAUUUUUUAUAUUCCAAGGUCAAAGAGAACCAAAGAAAAAUAUGAAAAUAACAAUGGCAAGUAUAAAAACUGUGUUUCAUUUUUUCUUACUUUGGUAUAUAUAUAUAUAUGACUAUCAAUUUACUUGUGUAAGAGAACACAUAUUGCAUAAGAUUGUAAUACCAGGGUAUACACAUUUUAAAAUGAUUAAUUACCAAAAAAAAAGGCACAGAAAGAAAAUUCCUGUUUUUUUUUUUUUUUUCAUCUACAUUUUUCAGUUUGGAUAAUUUUACAUGUUAGCUUCUGCUGAGAACGUUCUAUUGCAUCUUUAAUAACUGCAAGGUGUAGUUUCUGUAUUUUUAAUGGUUGAAAAGAAGAACAAGUUGAUGAGAAACAAACAAUCAUGGAUGGCAAGAGGAAAAAAUUGAUCAGAUUUACUUUCAGACUGGCAAACUGAAAAACUUUGAAGACUGAUAUUUUAAUUCCAAAUCAUUUUAACUAAUACAAUAGAAAAUCUGGUAAGAAAUGCAAGUGUAAAGAGGGCUUAGAGGACAGUGUUGCUAAGAAAUCAUUGCAAAUCAUGGAAAUUUAUAUGAGUUGUUUCUGCUAUUUUUCUGCUGGAUUUUAAAUAUCAAUAUCAAUGAUUUGCCUGUUGUUUUAGUCUUCUCGUGUCUCUUUUGUUUUUUUUUCUGAUUUUCUGAACUCCCUUUUUUCCAUCGUUUCAAGGCUAUUUAAUAAUGGAUGAAUUAAAAAGUGUCAUAGAAAACUUUUAAGGAAAAAUCAUAAACCCAUCUGAACCCUGGUAUUAUAUUAACUAUUAAAUAUUCAUUGUUGAUAUUAUUUAAGAACAAUAACAGAAAAUGGUUAUUGCUAAUAUAAUAUUACAAUCUAUAGAGCCAUUGAGCAAAUUCAUGUUAUGUUACACCUUGCAGAUUUCCACAAAUGUUGAAGCAUCAAUAAAGUGGCUGUAACUUCUGUUAAGGUUAGAGUGUUUAAAUAUAAGCAUCACUAGGGUCUCCUCUAUAUAAUGAAAUUUCUUAAAAUCAAGAUUCCAAGAAAGAAAUGAUAAAAACAUUUCUCAUUAAUCAACACAUAAAAUAAAUAAUAGAUCACAAAAAUCACUUUUAUUCUUUAAAGUGUUAACAAGCACAAUUCUUUUGUUUUGUCCAUUCAUUAUCAUGGUUUUUAAAACUUAUUUGAAAUCAGAUAAUAACAAAAAAAUAAUAUUAUACUUUGUGUCUCUAGAAUUAAGUAGAGUAAAUGAUAUAUAAUUAAGAGUCAAGCUAAAAAUGUUUAACUACAAAAUACAGCUGCUUUUUCCAACAUUUAUCAACCAGGUAUCUUAAUGGUUUUAAGCCUUGUCAACACAUCUUGUAUUCUGGCCCCUUGCCCCAUUAAAUCUGCCUCAGGUAUUCCCAUCAAUAGCUAUUGGCAAUAUGCAUUACUGUGAAAUUACCAAUAUUUGUGAAUUUCAUGAUUAGUGACAACAAUAAAAUUUAAUAUCCAAUGAAAUGGUUUUUUUUUUUUAAGUGAUUCUUUUAUUAUAAAGUGUAGAAUUUGAAAUUUUAAACCCAAGAUUCAAUGAUUAUUUUAAAAAUCACAAAAAAUGGGUUUGAAUUGUAUAUAUAUAUAUAUCUUUAACUGAUUUGUUAUGCGCAGAGUCUAAUAUGUUGAUAAACAAAUAAUAUUUCAACAAAUCACAAAACUUGAAAUUCACAAAUGAAAGUAGUCCCACAAAAUAAAAAAAGGUUAUUAAUAUUUGUUGAAUCAUUUUGUGAUUGGAAUCACCUGUGUGUUUUGUUGUUUAUUAUGGGGGUAUAUAAUUCAUUUUAUUAUUGAAGUCUGUUAUAUAUUCAGAAAGCAUAGUUUUUAUGGUUAUUAAAGAAUGAUUAGAUACUUGUUAUGUUGUAUAAGUUUUUAUGUUAUUAUUGUAAUAAAUAGUCUGCAUUUUUGAUUAAAAAUUUGCAACAAA